AUGCCCACGGAGAGCCUACAGACAGGUAGCAUGGUGAAGCCGGUCAGCCCCGCCGGCACCUUCACGUCGGCCGUGCCCCUGCGCAUCCUCAACAAGGGGCCCGACUACUUUCGCCGGCAGGCGGAGCCCAACCCCAAGCGACUCAGCGCUGUGGAGCGGCUGGAGGCCGACAAGGCCAAGUACGUCAAGAGCCAGGAGGUCAUCAACGCCAAGCAGGAGCCCGUGAAGCCUGCCGUGCUGGCCAAGCCCCCCGUGUGCCCGGGCGCCAAGCGCGCGCUCGGCAGCCCCACGCUCAAGGGCUUCGGCGGCGGCGCCAAGAGCGAGGGCGGCGCGCCGCGCGAGACCCUGAAGCUCGAGAUCCUCAAGAACAUCCUCAACAGCUCGGAGGGCUCGAGCGCGGGCUCGGGCCACAAGCACGGCGCGCGGAACUGGCCGGCGCCGCGCGCCGACGCGGCCGAGCUGCACCGGCACUCGUUCGCCGAGUCGCUGCGCGUGCGCCCCACGCCCGGCCGCGGCAGCCCGCAGGAGGGCGGCUCGCACGUGGGCCGGAGGCCGCUCGAGCCCGCCCCCGACUCCUUCCUGCACGUGUCGCACAGCUCCUCGGACAUCCGCAAGGUGACGGGCGCAAAGCCCCUGAAGGCCAUCCCCUGCAGCAGCUCCGCCCCGCCGCUGCCCCCCAAGCCCAAGGUCGCCGCCCCGGCCGCGGUCAGGUCCCCCGAGGCCGAGGCGGCCGAGCCGGCCUGCGGGGUGGGCCGGAGACCCUCGCUCCAGCGGUCCAAGUCGGACCUGAGCGACAGGUACUUCCGAGUGGACGCCGACGUGGAGCGCUUCUUCAACUACUGCGGACUGGACCCCGAGGAGCUGGAAACCCUGGGCAUGGAGAACUUCGCCCGCGCCAACUCCGACAUCAUCUCCCUCAACUUCCGCAGCGCCAGCAUGAUCAGCUCGGACUGUGAACAGUCUCAGGACAGUAACAGUGACCUUAGAAACGAUGACAGUGCCAAUGACCGGGUGCCCUAUGGCAUCUCCGCGAUCGAGAGAAACGCUCGCAUCAUCAAGUGGUUGUAUAGCAUCAAACAAGCCAGAGAGUCGCAGAAGGUGUCCCACGUGUAAGAGGAAGAGCGCGCAGCGGAGGGAGGGGGGGGGUCUCUGUCCGUGCCUCGGCAGUUAUGGAGGUUGUGAGGUCUCCUUGCAGUGUUGUGAGCUUCUCCACUCUCUUUGUGUUGCUUGUUGUGCAAUGUCUUUCAAGUUGCAUGCCCGCCAACGUGGGGACUGACCUGGCGUCCUCGGCCACCAUCGCUGCAGAACCUGGCCGAUCGCUCGCCAUCCGCCAAAAGUCCCAGGCCAGAUUCACACUAGGGCUUCGAUCUUCAGCAAAACUGUUUACAAGGAAAACGGUAUACAACUUCUCCAAUAUUUAUGUGGUUCCUGUGUUUUUAUAUCCCGCGCUAUAGUGUCUUAAUUAAAAGUUUUAUCCACUGGC